GAGGGUGGCAGUAGCCUAAGCCCUGAGUAGGGUGAGGGGCCACCUCCAUAUCUAAAUGUUAUCUAGGCUUGGGGAGGCAGGUGCAUGGGCUUGGGUUUGAGGAAACUGGGCCUUGCAGUGCUUUGGGGUUAGAGAGAAACUUGGGAUCAGUUGGCUGGGAGAGGAGGGAGGGAGUCUGUGUUGGGCCAAAUUAAACUGUAGGCACCUGGGAAUUAGGCCUAUCAAGGCUCAUUAAAGAAGGUCCUUGCAGGAGUGGGACCAGAGGGCAGAAAGAAAGGGGUGUUAGAGCAGCUCCUAUAGUCCAGGUUGGAGUUUCAAGGGCCCUUGGUUUACGUUUGGUGCCUUAAGAGGGAGCCCUUUAGGCCUUUCAGUAAUUGGCUAUCUAUGGAGACAGUGGCAGAAGGAAGGUGAUAUUGCUGGGGACAGAUUGCACCCCUAAGAGGCUAAAGAUGAAUUGGCAACUCCCUCUGCAGUGCCCACCAGUCCAAAGGUGAAGACAGGCCCCUCACUGAUCCUGCACCCUUUCUCUUUUCAAGGCCAGCCCCUGCCUCCCUGGCCCUCCAGCACUGAGGCCCUCAGGCCCCAGAGGUUCCAGGGGAGGGCCUGAGCUUGAGCUGGGCAGGCAGCUCUGGGCCCCAAACCGGUUUUCCCACCUUGACUAGGGCUGGCACAUCACCCCAUGGUUCCCUCCCCCCCACACCUCCUUGCAGUUCUUCCUCUCUCCACCUUGGAAUGUUAAGGGGGGGAUAUCCAGGUUGUCUUUUGUCUCUUGCCUGUCCUGGGUGUGGUCCCUACUAGAAAGGCAAAGCCACUAUGUGUUACUUCAAAACAAGAGGGUGGAGUGACUUGGCCUUUCACACUCCUGGCACACACGGAUCCCUUUUAGGCCUUGAAGGCUUCAAAGCUAAGAGCAGAAAGCAGUUGGAAGUCCACUUACCAUCACCCCCUCCCCCCAUCUGAGCCCUGGAGAGGACACCAGAAAGUCAUGAGGAAGCCCAGCCUACCCCUGGCCUGCUCUGGAGAGCCAAUGGCGGGCAGCGUGGAAGAGGAGGCGUUGCACCAGCUGUACCUGUGGAUAGACAACAUCCCUCUGUCCAGGCCCAAGCGAAAUCUCUCCCGGGACUUCAGUGACGGAGUCCUGGUGGCAGAAGUCAUCAAGUUUUACUUCCCCAAGAUGGUGGAGAUGCACAAUUAUGUCCCUGCCAACUCUCUGCAGCAGAAGCUCAGCAACUGGAGUCACCUGAACAGGAAGGUGCUGAACAAGCUGAACUUCUCGGUACCGGAGGACGUGAUGCGCAAGAUAGCGCAGUGUGUUCCGGGCGUGGUGGAGCUGGUGCUCAUUCCGCUGAGGCAGCGCCUGGAGGAGCGGCAGAGGCGCAGGAAGCAGGGCUCCAGCUCCUUACAGGAGCUGGCUCCUCAGGAUGGCACUGGCUAUAUGGAUGUGGGUUUGUCCCAGAAGACCCGAGGGGAAGGUGCCCCGGACCCUCAGGGAGAGGGGCAGCUCAGGGGAGGCCGGCUGCCAGAGCCCCGGCGUCCAGCGUAUAGCCAGGUGCUUCAUGGCGACCCAAGCUUCGUCCUCCAGAUCGCUGAAAAGGAGCAGGAGCUGUUGGCCUCACAGGAGACCGUGCAGGUCCUACAGAUGAAGGUGAGGCGCUUGGAGCACCUACUCCAGCUCAAGAACGUGCGCAUCGAAGACCUCUCCCGGCGGCUCCAGCAGGCGGAGCGUAAGCAGCGGUGAGCCGCGGUUCCCCGGUGCUGGGACGCCCCAGAACCCGUCAUAAUCCAGACACCGCGACCGACGCAUGAACGGACCCACGAACCGGCUGGCAGAGCCAGCAGCUCCAAUGAACCUUUUGGGGUGCGAGUGCGCCCCUGCAUUUGG